AUGCGCAGAGACAACAGCCGAGUAUAUGCUGAAAUCUCGGUCUCACCCAUGAUGUACCAACAGAUGCUUCACCAGCCUGCUCUUGAGCUCAAAAAUUUUGAUGAACCAUUGAUGUCUUAUCCCACCCUUUCGCCCUCCGCAAACAUCGUGAAGCUUUCACUGACUCGUUUGCCAGCUCAAUACGGCCGCAAAGAUGGUGGCACUACCCAACUAAAAGCUGAUAUACAUCACAGCCUCGACAAAUAUGGACAGUUGAUCGACUGUGGUUAUGUCAUUGGCGGUAGCAGCAUCUACGCCAGUGGUGAUUAUGCCGUUUUGGCUGUCAAUUCUACCUACACGAAAUUCGAACACUCGCUCAAUUGGACUUACCAACCGAUUGACUUCUCCUCUGGCGAUUUGCUUCCUGAAAGAAAUAAUAUCCUUUCUCUUGCAACCUGGGCUGCCAUGCCUCCCUAUUGCAAAUAUUGCCAUUCGAUGGAUCAUGCACUGAUCGAUUGCGAGACCCAUAAGAAGAAGCUUACCUAUGAUUUUUGGGGUAUUGCUGGUCAUUUCCAACGUUCUUGCCCUCGUCGCAAUGAAGACCCUGACAACUCUACCAAGAAACGUAAGGGCUCCAAAGCGCAACAGAAGCAAGUGACCUCUGACUCUUCCACUGCCAAUUCCAAGUCCACCGCCGCUGUUAAGAAGGUUGCUACCGCUCAAUUUGCCGCUGCUGCUAAAACUAAGGCCGCUGCUGAAGAUAGGGUCGCUGCUGACGCCGAAGCUACUGCUGCCAAAGUCGCUGCUAAUGCUCAUUACGCUGCCAACGCUUACACAGAGGCUAAUGCCCGCACUGAUGCGAAUAAUGCUCAGGAUGCUGCUAACACUCUCAAUGAGUUCUCCUCCUGUGCAACUUUCGCUUUUAUCCCAUAA